AUGGCUUCCACCGAAGAUGACCCUGUCAUCGCCUCGUACGAUGUCUUCCUGACCGACUCCGAUGUCUCUCGCUACGUCUUCCAAUACAUUGACCGGCCCGGCAAACACCCUUACAAUGAACGAAUGGGCCAAAAGCCGACUGCGCUGCGCAUGAAACCGAACACCGGCCUGGUGGAAGUUGAUGUCCCAAUCUUUACCCGCACGACAUACGACGUGAGCAAAGGACUCAAAUACGGCGAUGCGAUGAAAAAGAGUCGGGUCGCCCGGGAUGGCGGCGCAUUUGGAAUGGCCGGCGGCUUCAGUACUGGUGGAGUGGCCAGUGCAGGUGGUCGAGUCAAGUCCGAAGCAAACGCAGAUGUCGAGGUGCUAGAUAACAGAAAGAUGAUCGACCCAUCGGCACUUGUUCGAACACAGGCACUUGGUGGUCGUAUCAAGCCUCAGGAAGAGGGUGAUCCGGUUCACAUGCUGGCUGCAUUCAAAGGAAGUGAGUGGCAUAUCUGCAAAGGAGCUCUUGCAGCUAUUGUGGAUGCGAUGGACGAGAUGCCUAAGGGGCGGGGUGGCAAGGGCAAGAAGGAUGACGAAGAUCGCCCGACCGAGGCCGAAGCACGAGCAGUUGAUGUGAAAAUCAAAGGUGCAGAGGACGGAGGUGCCGUGCUUGUUGGCAAUCUGGACCUCUUGAAGAGGAUGCAAGACGAGAAAUGGAAGAAGUUUGACUGGGUUGACGCUGAGGUAAGUCUGCUGCUCCGUUUUUACGACCGCGCGCCCGGCUUUAGUCUCUCUAACCCUCGCUUGGAACAGACUGAGGAAUCUUGGUAUACCUAUGAGAAUUACAUGAUGCACCAGAACCCAGAAGAGUUGCCGCAGCUUCAAUCCUUUAUCGACAGCGAGAAGUAUUUGGAUGGGAUGAGUGCUCCGCGUAUUGACCCCGCCCGACCUGAAAUGACCGGAUGGGCCAUGAAGCAAAAUCGGCAGAAGCAAAGAGGGGGACCCUCCGAUAGCGAGGAUGAAGUAUGA